GCUUGACCAGUAUCACAACCCUGGUCCGGUGAAUGCGGCAUCAAACUUUUAAGUCUGGCCCGAUAUUCGGUCUCUGUAUCUGCUUGUCUCAGAUAAGAUACAAUGUCUGGAUAUUCCCUCCGGAACUGUAAAGUUUGUACGAUUAUGACGCAGUUUUCAUGGCGCUUGUGGGCGAGGAAUUCCUCGAGUCUGAUUUUUAUCGUUAUUCAGUUCUUUGUCCUGAUGUGUGUUUCACAUUUGCAGAACCCCCCUUCCCAUUCUCUGAUAGACUACAUGUCGCUUCUUUCCGACAUACACUACACUCCUUGACAUAGCACAGCGGAUUUUGUUCUAGCAUGAUUGGUCUCUGUUUACUUUGAUUCCCCCCUCGAAGCAUUUGAUUCAUUCUAGGGGACGCU